UUUUUAGUGGCUCGGCGGCGGCGCAAGGAGGGCCGCGGGCCGCGGCGGCAGCGCACCACCUUCAGCGCGCACCAGACGCUGCGCCUGGAGCUGCAGUUCGCGCGCUCCGAGUACGUGUCGCGGGCGCGCCGCACCGAGCUCGCGCACGCGCUCAGCCUCUCCGAGACGCAGAUCAAGAUCUGGUUCCAGAACCGGCGCGCCAAGGACAAGCGCAUCGAGAAGGCGCACCAGGACCAGCACUACCGGAUGGCGCUCGCGUCCGGCCUGGUCCCGGGCUUCCCCAUGUCGGCGUCCGCCUUCUGCACGCUGUGCCUCUACAAGGACGGCGCCGCGGGACUCCACCACCAGCACCACCACGGCCACCACCACCACCACCUCCACCACCACGACCACCAGCAGCUCGGCCACGAGCUGGUCCCCCCCGCCGUGGAGCCGCCCGCGAGCCCCGCCAGCCCGCCCAGCCCGGCCUCCAGGUCGACGGGGCACCCGCCGCCACCCUUGUCGCCGUGAGCCUCCGUGCAUCGCUGUUAGUGCGAAAUAUGGGAUCUCGAAACCCUUGAAACGAUAUCGUAAAGACGUGUUCAAGCUUAUUGCUUUGACAUUGACGGUAUUUUCUGUAUUUUCUCACUGGGCGUCGUCGCCGAUGUGCCUUCCUUGGCCGCCUUUGUGCUUCGCCAUCGCCACUUGUAAAGAUUUUUCUUAAUUGCUUCUCUCCUCUCUUUUCUUACGUUCCUCUAGUCAUGACGUUCCUUUUUUAUCGCUUAUUAUACAAUUACUCUAUCUCUUUUAAUUGUUAAUGUGCAUGUUAAUAAUAAAUAUAAUUAAUGCGAGUUACGUCGAUCAUACUUUUGUUUACGUACGUACGUUAAUAAAAUUUAACAGAAAUUGA